GGGAAGAAGUCUCGAGCAUUAAAAACUCAGGCGACGCCGCGGGCCGAUCGGAUGGAAGCUGCGGUGAAGGCGACGCAUCUUCCGCGUGCCGCAUUACGCUCGGCGGUAGUCCCAAGAUUUGUGCCGCGCAAAGGCGUGGUUCCGGCUCCAGGGUGCUCGGCGCGGCCAAAGCUCUCGGCUCUUCGCCUUUCUUCGGUGGAGUCGCCCAACGGCCCAAGAUCAAGGUUCCGGUGGGGUGGAGCGCACACCUGCUACCUUCAAGGCACCAAAAGAGAAAGUAUUUGAACACUUCCUAGUGAGUUAUGAUGGAGAUGGUUCUAUCUGAGUUCACAAGACAAGUUAUCGUCUCACUCGGCAAUUUAGCCAGUAAUGAAAUCGCCAAAGUUUUGUGCGUCAGAAAUGAGAUCGGUAGAUUGUCGAGAAAACUUGACAGUAUGACAGCUAUCAUCAGGGAUGCUGAGCAGACAAUUGUGCAAAAUGAAACUACUAGGGAUUGGCUGAAGAGGUCACGGGAAAUUAUUUAUGAGGCUGAAAACAUAAUUGACCGAUGUAGGAUUGAAAGGGAGAGGCUCCAAACAUUACAACCACAGGAAUGUAAUCCUUCAUCAGUUUUCAAGUGCUGCAGAGAUGUUGGCAUUGACUACAUAAUUGCAAGUGCUAUACAUGAACUAAAUCAGAAACUCGAGAGCAUUUAUCAAGAGGGUGAGAGGCUCCAUCUAAAGCCAGCGCUGGAAGAUCAAAUAAGAUUAUACCAAAUAAGAUUAGAUCUUGACGUUGCUCCACAUAUAGAACCUGAUAUUGUGGGCAGAGAGGUGGAAAAUGACUGUGACAGUCUCAUCGAACUACUAAGGAGAGAAGACAUUCCUAGUCGUCCUAAUCGUCCUUUGUUUGCUAUUAUAGGAACAAAUGGUGUUGGCAAGACUACUCUUGCUAGAAAGGUGUCGGUGUCCUGACCCGGCGGUCCGGAUCCCAACUAGUAAUGCUGCGUGUUUCCUCGUCCUAGAUGUUGAUGCAAGAGGCAACACAGUAACGCACGGGUUUAU